AUGCUUAAAGCAGAAGCAACAGAGGUAGCGGUCGUAGUCUUCUCGCUGGCGGCGCUGGGUCGAGCGGCACCUCAGGAGGGAUACAAGUACCCGACGCCCGGGGUUCAAGGACUGCCUCUGGCCGGGUCCGGCUCGGGCUCUGGGUUCGGACAGGAGCAAUACCCUUCCGUGCCCGCCCAGUACGCCUUCCAGUGGGAUGUGAACGACGCGCCUUCAGGGAACUUCUUCGGCCACGGCGAGCAGAGGGAGAAUGACGACACUAAGGGGAAGUACUACGUGCAGCUUCCCGACGGACGCCGCCUGGUGGUCGAGUAUUACGUGGACAGCAACGGCUACCACCCCACCGUGUCCUUCGAGGGCCAGAUCACGGCCGGAGGUCAGGGCCAGUAUGGCCAGGGUCAAGGAGGAGGAUCGGGUCAGUUCGGGAGAGGUCAGGGCGGUGGGCAGGGUCAGGGAGGGUCCGGGUCAGGAUCAGGGCAAGGGCAGGGAUACCCACCCUCCGGUCCGGGUCCAAGCCCUGGCCUUCCGCUGCCUUCCCAGUCCUACGGCCAACCUGCCAAGUAAAUCGACAAAAUUAUCAUUUCGCCCUUUGCAUACUCUGCCAUUCAAAUAAGAUGAUUCUGCGUAACAGAGUGUGCGUGCG